CAAAUCACAACGGCUGUCUGCGAGUGCGGUGGGGGGGUGCCCGUGCGGCGGCGGUAGCGGCGGCGGCUUGUGGCGGGCUACUGGGGCCCGGUUGCGGGACAGCCUUGGCCGGGACGUCUCCUCUCCUCGCCCGUUUUCUACGUGUGGGUGCGAGCCUGUGUAACUUUCAGCUUAUUUUCAUCAUUGGAGCUAGAGUGGUUGUUAGAAUGGAAGGAGUCAAUACUUUUAAGACACCAAGCAAAUUAUCUGAAAAAAGAAAAUCAGUCUUAUGUUCAACUCCAUGCAUUAAUAUUCCUGCCUCUCCAUUUAUGCAGAAGCUUGGUUUUGGUACUGGGGUCAAUGUUUACCUCAUGAAAAGAUCUCCAAGAGGUUUGUCGCAUUCUCCAUGGGCUGUGAAAAAGAUUAAUCCCAUAUGUGAUGAUCAUUAUCGAAAUAUAUAUCAAAAGAGACUAACUGAUGAAGCUAAGAUUUUGAAAAGCCUUCAUCAUCCAAAUAUUAUAGGUUAUCGUGCUUUUACUGAAGCCAAUGAUGGUAGUCUGUGUCUUGCUAUGGAGUAUGGAGGUGAAAAGUCUCUAAAUGAUUUAAUAGAAGAACGAAAUAAAGACAGCCGAGCUCCUUUUCCAGCAGCUAUAAUUUUAAAAGUUGCUUUGAACAUGGCAAGAGGGUUAAAGUAUCUGCACCAAGAAAAAAAACUGCUUCAUGGAGACAUAAAGUCUUCAAAUGUUGUAAUUAAAGGUGAUUUUGAAACAAUUAAAAUCUGUGAUGUGGGUGUGUCUCUACCAUUGGAUGAAAAUAUGACUGUGACUGAUCCUGAGGCCUAUUACAUUGGCACUGAGCCAUGGAAACCUAAGGAAGCUUUGGAGGAGGAUGGCAUUAUCACCGACAAGGCAGACAUAUUUGCCUUUGGCCUUACUCUGUGGGAAAUGAUGACUUUAUCUAUUCCACACAUUAAUCUUUCAGAUGAUGAUGAUGAAGAUAAAACUUUUGAUGAAAGUGAAUUUGAUGAGGAAGCAUACUAUGCAGCUUUGGGAACCAGGCCACCUGUUAAUAUGGAAGAACUGGAUGAAUCAUACCAGAAAGUAAUUGAACUCUUCUCUGUAUGUACUAAUGAAGAUGCUAAAGAUCGUCCUUCUGCUGCACACAUUGUUGAAGCAUUGGAAUUAGAUGUCCAGUGAUCAUCUCAUAUUCAUGAUGACCUUAGCAUGGAAUAUGGCUUAUGUAUGUAAAUGUUUUAUUUACUUGGUAUCUUUAUAUCUUUGCUAAUGUGUUAUUAGACUGAACACUUUACUAUUUCUAAUAUUAGGGUAUUUCUUAUAAUAAGCUCUUGGUUUCUUGUUUUUUUAAGUGAAGUUUAAAAAACUAGCUACACAAGUACUUUGAUAUUGUUCAUAAAUAUUUAAAAUGCUAGCAGUAAAAUACUGUAAACUAUGAAUCUGAACUGAGUGACCAUUUUAUUAGUGAUCUUAAAUAUUCUUUGAAUAGAACUAUUAAAAGUAGCACUUUUAUACAUUACAAAAUGUCUACAUAUUUUUAUAUUAAAACAUUGAAACAUGAAACCUUUUACUGGACCUUAACUAAUGUACUUUUUUCAUUUAAGCAAAUAUACUUUGAACUCUUCUCAGGUUCCAGUGACCAGUUGCUAAGAGUAACUCUUUGGGUAUAUCCACAUCCUUUUGUUACAGCUUGUCUUACUGUCUUGGAUCUCCCAGACCUUUGGUUUUUGCUUUAAUUUAUUGUCUAUUUUCUGUACUGAGAUUCCUGUUAAAUUUUUAAUUACUGCUCUGUAUCCCAAGCAUUUCACAGCUCUUGUAUAACACUUAAAAGGAUGACCUAGAAUAAAGGACCUUUUUGGCAACA